AUGCCCUCAGCAAGGCUGCUGGCCAAAGCGUUAAUGAUGAGACACAGGGGCUUAAUGCGCCCAAAACUGGAGAGGUGUAUGUCUGCAGUCUGCAUUGGAGGGUGCAUUGGCGUUUCGAGGAGCUUUAUCACAUGGACGGCCAAGUCCCACCUCUCCCACCUAUCCCACCCCCACUUGCGACCGCUGAGCUGGAAAUCGACAAAGUUCGGAUCUCCGGUUUUCUCACUUACUCGUCCUCGCGCACGGUCUGUUUCCGUCAGCUCAAUAGCACAACUGACACAACAGGCGGUUGAUGUCUCAAGCGGCUUCGUGGCCUUCGCAGCCAAAGCUUAUGGUAUUUUGCUUCUUGCAGUGUUUCUGCUGCAGAGAAAGUUGAUCUACCUACCCAGUGGACAGGUUGCCGAUCCGCGGGUAUACGGUGGUGAGGUGAUUCAAAUAGCUGGAGACUCCGGAACGACCUCAGCCGCUAUGUUCUUUCGGCCGCAGGGCUCAAAGCCCACCAUAGUGUUCUUCCACGGCAAUGCUGACCAGUUGGGCUGGGGUCCUGCAGACCUUGGGAGUCAAUUUUCACAGGCAGGGUAUGGCUUCUAUGGAAUUGAAUAUCCGGGCUAUGGCUUGGCCCGCCCUGGUUCUCCAACUGAAGAAUCUAUCUACACUUCAGCUGAAGCAAUGUUAAAUCACUUGGAAGAGAAGCUUAGUGUGGACAAAGCAUCAGUGGUGCUUGUUGGGCAAUCAAUUGGCUGUGGAGCCGCAGUCGAGAUGGCGAAACGCGGGUUUGGCCGGAAGCUGGUUUUGCUGAGUCCAUUUACGAGCUUGCCGAGAUUGUCGCAGAGGAUUUAUCCAAUCUUUGCUCCUGCCCUAAAGCUAUGCCCUUUCUUGCUCCUUGAUAAGUUUGACAACCUGGCCAAAGCAAAGGAUGUGAAGAUCCAAACCUUGGUCAUCCAUGGUGACGAAGACGAGAUUAUUCCCUUUGACAUGGGGCAAGAAUUAUCAGACGCGAUUCCAGGAAGUAUGCUCAUCGCUGCGAAAGGCUUUGGGCACAACGACCUGUUCAACUACCCUACACUCUUGAAACACAUCGCAAUGUUUGCAAGCAAGGGUGCGAGCUAA